GGACCGGACCCGUAUAAAUGAAGGAGUCGGGACCGGAUCCCGAGCGCAGAGCUGCUACAGGGUUGGAGCGUUUGAGCAGCAACGAUAGGGAUCUUUGUGUCCACAGCUGGUAGUAAUAGUAGUUCACAGGUCCAACAAAAGGGCUCAGCCAUGCCUUUCGGGAACACGCACAACCAGCUGAAGCUGAAGUUCACCUCGAUCCAGGAGUACCCGGACCUCAGCAAACACAACAACCACAUGGCCAAGGUCUUGACUCCCGAGCUGUACGAGCGGCUGCGGACCAAAAUGACGGCCAGCGGAUUUACCCUGGAUGACGUCAUCCAGACCGGGGUCGACAACCCAGGCCACCCCUUCAUCAUGACCGUGGGCUGCGUGGCUGGGGACGAGGAGACGUAUAUUGUGUUCAAGGACCUGCUGGACCCCGUGAUUCAGGACAGACACGGCGGCUACAAACCCACAGACAAGCACAAGACCGACCUCAACGCGGCCAACCUGAAGGGCGGAGACGACCUCGACCCCAACUACGUUCUGAGCUCCCGGGUCCGAACCGGCCGCAGCAUCCGUGGGUACUGCCUGCCCCCCCACUGCAGCCGAGGCGAGCGGCGCGCUGUGGAGAAGCUCUCCGUGGAAGCUCUGGGCUCGCUGACUGGAGACCUCAAGGGGAAAUACUACGCCCUGAAGAACAUGACCGACGCCGAGCAGCAGCAGCUCAUCGACGACCACUUCCUGUUUGACAAGCCGGUGUCUCCUCUGCUGCUGGCCUCAGGGAUGGCCCGCGACUGGCCCGACGCCAGGGGCAUCUGGCACAACGAUAACAAGACGUUCCUGGUGUGGGUCAACGAGGAGGACCACCUGCGCGUGAUCUCCAUGCAGAAAGGAGGCAACAUGAGGGAAGUGUUCACCCGCUUCUGCACCGGUCUCACAAAGAUCGAGAGCCUGUUCAAGGACCGAGGUCACGCGUUCAUGUGGAACGAGCACCUGGGCUACAUCCUCACCUGUCCGUCCAACCUGGGCACUGGGCUGCGUGCGGGUGUGCACGUCAAGCUGCCCAACCUGAGCAAACACGCCAAGUUUGGGGAGGUUCUCAAGAGGCUGAGGCUUCAGAAGCGCGGAACUGGUGGCGUGGACACUGCCGCCGUCGGGGGCGUGUUUGACAUCUCCAACGCAGACAGACUGGGCUUCUCUGAGGUCCAGCUGGUGCAGAUGGUGGUGGAUGGGAUCAAACUGCUGAUUGAGAUGGAGAAGAAGCUGGAGAAAGGCCAGUGCAUCGAGGACAUGAUACCGGCCCAGAAGUGAAACCGUCCUCAAAGCCGACCAGCUUCCUCCCUCUUCUCCCCGUUCCCCUCUGAGCGUUAGGAUGUAUUUGCAUAUUUAAGACCAUGGUUCCUAUUAGGAUGGAUAUGAAAUAAAAACCCCAAUGGUGUAACGUCA